AGUAUUUAAAUAUGAAAGGCGCGUUUAGAUCAAAUCGAAGAAAUCAGCGUACGAUCUAAAGGUAAAAAAGUUUUAAACUCUAUAAGUUUCAUUAACAAUAAAACUUAAUGUUUUUAUUCUUAUUUACUUGUAGACUCAUUAUGUUUAACAUUUCUAAACUACUUUAACUUGUUGCUAAUGAUAGUGAUGUAUAUUAUCGCUCUAUUAACAUCCUAACUAGUAAGAGUGUAAAUAAAAAAAAGUUAAGGACGCGUUUUUGUAUAUUAUUCUUAUUUAAACUGAUUGUAAUUUAAUUGACAGUAAUCUUCGAGCUGUUUUUAUCAAUGAUUUAAUGAAUUUUUGGACAAUAUAAUGUAUCUAAUUAAGUAAUAAGAGGCUAAUGUAUUGUUUGUAGCGAAACCAUGACAUAUAUAAAAUCAAUGUAAUAUGUAUAUUGAAAAUAUUAUAAGUUUAUACUUAUAGCUAUAUACGUCUAGACAAAUUGAAUAAUAAGAACGAACAAAGAGAAGGAUUGGAAGAGAUAAACAGGGAAUUUAUGUAUAUAUAUACUGUAUAUAUUAAUAUAUGUCGUGUUUAUACACUAUGUAUAUGCCAUACAAUCUUUAUACGAUAUUAGUCAUGUGUAUUUACUAAUUUUAGAAUCUGAUCAAUUAGUUUCUACAUGAAUUAUCCAUUAAUUAUAAAAACAGGGUAGUUUAGGAAAGGAUAAGUACCUUUGUUGAUAGAAAAGGGAUAAGAAAUGAUCUCUUGUCUAUAAAGGAUUGUUAAUCGUCUCGAACAAUUGAUUUUUUCUAUUUUAUUCUUAUUAAGAUUUUUCUUAAAAUCAAUCGAAUAAAGUGAAUGAAAUAUUUCUGUUUUUUUUACUUAGGUUUAUUUGCUUCAAAGGUGGAUUUAUAACUGUAAAUUUCGAUUAGACGGUCUUUCUGUAGGAAGAUUAAUAUAAUCCUUCAGUAUGUUUAUUUAUUUCAAUACCUAUAGUUGAAUCUCAUUCAAAGGACUCUUUAUAAGUCUUGUGUUGAAAGUAGUAUACAUUUUGUAAAGCAAUAGUCCGAUUUAAGCUGCGCUUGAAGGAAAAAUAAGGAGUCUGCUUGACGUAUAACUUCUUCUCUUUAUUUACCCUUUAAAUUUGUUCCCCACUAUAUAGUUAAUAUUUACAUUACAUUAGUCCCGCAUAUGUACAACUGCGUCCGAACAAAUGUUGAUAUUUUCUUAUUAUUUUAAGCUUUGAAUGAAUGUUAUAUAUUUAAUGGACAAAUGCCGUUCUCUAAUCUAACUAGGGGUUUUUCUCUUUUCCUCUUUUCCUCUUUUCUAUCCGUUGUUAUGAGUUGUUAUUGAUUCACCUUAAUUGUUUAAUAUUCUCUCUUAAAGGGGCUUUCGUUCACGAAUAUGCCGAAAUAAGAAGGAGAACGAGAGAGAAAGAGUGAGUGAGAGAAGAGAGAAACACGCAUAUGUGUUUAUAUAAAUAUAUAUUUAUACAACAUGAAAACUGUUAGUGUUCAAUUGGAUAAUAAGACCAAAGUCCAAUGGAAUUUAAAGCCUUUCCAAGUUGGAAAUGAACACAAAAAUGUCAAAAUACAAGCUAGAUCAAGUGUUGUUUAUAAUCCAUGCUUGCCAACUAGAGCAGCUGUUAGGGAGGAGAAUUACUUAAGGAGACGUCGUCAAAUGACUGAACAGGGAUUUAGAUCAGUUAAUCAUAAACCUUAUAAAGGCAUAGGGGAUCCAUUUUAUCUAGAUUAUGAUAAAUUGGUGCUAUUAGCUCUAGGACAAUGGGAUCCGAAUGACGAAGGUCAAUAUGAGGCUGAAGAAGACACUGAAAGUGAACAUGAAAAGCCAACAGUAAAAAGGAAACAAAUGAAUGCGGCCAAUUUUGUUCUUAGGUCACGUAAAAACUUGAACAAUUUAAGAAAAGAGCAAGCUAGGAUAAGAAUUGUUGAACAGAAUGUUAGAUUUGGUCAUUCUUUAUUUGAGAUAAUGGAGAAAGAAGAAGAGAGAAAGAGAAUUGAACAAGAGAUAAGGGAAAGAGAAGAAAAGGCUAAAGCUUGUAAACCAAUUGAUAGUGACGAAGAGAAGGAAGAGUCUGAAGAGUCUGUCAACAGUUUAAUAGGUUAUGUAGCCAAGUACGAGCCUUCGAGAAGGUAUACAGAGACACCUAAUACGGACAUUACUGAUAGUCUUAUACCUAUCGAAACGACACGUACGGAAACCAGACAAUCGACUGCUGACAUUCGAUCCUUGUCAAGAAAUUUAAGGCCUUAUGCUCCGUCAGCGUCCUUAGUUACGGCCGACGCCAAAGGCUUGCCUCCCAGGGAGGACUUUUAUCGUCAGUUAUGCGUUCUAAAUUGGAUUUUAGAUGCGAUGAGCGUCGAUACGUCUCAGACUCCACAUCAGCAUAUUGAACGUGUAUCGUCCGCAUUCUCCUCUGGUCGUUCUACAACAUCCGGACGAAAACGAGACCAAAGUAGAAGCGAAUCUCAAUGGUCUGAUUUCGCAAGUUCUCCUAAUGGAAACGAAAACGAUGUGGUAGAUAAACCUCAAUCGUCUUCAGUAAAUCAGAAGAAAGUUACAACUAUUCAAAGGCCUACUUUAAAUACUAGACAGUCAUUAAUUAGACGUAGACAUUCAAAUCUUACUGUGCCAAGUAGCUCUAGAUCUUCCUCACCUUCUGCCAAUCAAGCCUCGUCCUCUCCAAAAUUAGAAGAUGUUUCGGAAGAUGAUGAAAAAUCUGCAAAUGUUAACGAUAAUCAACAUAAAGCUAAAGAAAAUGAAAGUAAUAAUAAAAUACCGGAAGAGUCGAAGGUAAAAGAUAAGAUAAUUCAAGGAGUAGAAGAGCCUACAAAAGAAGAAGAUAAUACUACUAAGCCGAAACGGAAGCAGCAAACGGUUGGUAAAAGAAAAGCUCAAAUAUCGGAGGAACAUAUGCAAAUUUAUAAACAUCUUGAAGUUCUUCAAAGGGAAGAACGAGAUCCUCGUCUAGCCAAAUUAACACAUGCAGAAGACAGAAGGAGAGAAGUCAUGAUACGCGCUAGCGAAAACAUUCGACCUCAAAGCUCUCCUGCCGUUCUCGAAUAUGCCUCUUCUUUACCAAGUUGGAAGAAGGGAGCUGUUCCUUCAGAAAUGAGGAACAAGUUUGCCGAAGUUGGUCAAACUCAAGCGUUACUUUUGCACGAAGCCUUCGAAGCCAGAGAAAAUAAUAGGAACAAGCAGAUGCUUCAUAAAUUUAGGAGAUUAUCAACUUCUCAACUUCACUUUCACAACGCUGUUAGGAAUAUGAGAAGUGGGCGUCGUUCGCCAAGAUCAUCGAAACAUUCCAUAUCGCAGAAGAAUGAAAAUUACGAUUAUUCUAAAGAAUUAACUUUAGAUAGCGAUACUGAGGCUAUGGGAAAUUCUCUAUCGUUUAGGAGUGCAACAGACGAUUGGAGAAGGUCAGCAAUAUGGAAACAGAAGAAGAGGGAAAUAGCUCAUGGUCUUAGAAAAUUGAAAAUUGAACAGGCAAAAGAAGCUGAAAAGAGGGACAAAAGCUCUGGUCGUUUUAAAUAUUACGAUUGGUAUAUUGAUUUGAAUAUACAAUGUUUCGAAUAUGACGAAUAUUUAAAUUGCCCAUUAAUUAUGGCGCAAUUGAGAGAAUUAGAGAAAUUUGGUAAAGUAAGUAAUACUAUAUUUACAAAAAUUAUAAAAGCAGUAUUUACGUAUAUAUUUAGGCCUAUAUAUAAGUAAAGAUAUGCGUACAAUAUUCGUAUUAAGGCAGAAAGGAAUGAAUAGAUAGAAUAUUUUAAAAUAGAGAAAAUUUUGUUUUUUUUAAA